AUAGAGCUGAGAACGAUCAGGCAGUUGUGGAGACAGCCUGCUGCUGGUCCCGGGACGAGGGGUUGGAAACGGGCUGGUGGGGUUAUCCUAAGGGGUUUGUCGCUGGAGGUUCCUGGAGUUUUAAAUAUUUUUGAGUUGAGGACGCAGCUCUGGGGCCGACGUUAAAAUAGAGUCUCUUUCUGCCAAACUCGGGAACGGUGAUCGUGAAGUGUGGGGAACCGAGAGAAACAACUGCCAAAUAGCAUCCUCCCGGAGGAGACCGGGCAAGAGAGCACUUCGGCACUCACGUUAAGACAUUACCAGGAAGAGGAUGAGUGACAUCCCACCCAGAAUGGAAGUGUGCCCCUAUUGUAAGAAGUCAUUUAAACGGUUAAAAUCCCACUUGCCAUACUGUAAGAUGAUAGGAGCAACCAUACCUGCUGACCAAAAAGGUUGUCAGUCCAAGCCAGCUACACCCUCUCACGAUAACAAAAGGAAGGAGCAACUCAAAGACUUAAUUAAAGCUAAAGAGACCAACCUAGAGAGAGAGAGUGAGGAAGAAACUACUAAGUUGAUAAGAAACAAGCCAAAAGGAACAGUUAAGUCCCUUCCACUGCUAGGUUUGAAAAAAGCAAAUAAUAAAAAGACAGAUAAAUACAACAAGAAUCAAAUUCAGCUCGACCCCAAAAUGUUAAAAAAUAUUGGACCAAAAAUUACUUUGCAGGGAGAGACUAAGGCUCAGUUUCAUGCAUCAGAGAACACCUCUCCUAAAAGAGAACUUGCCAAAGAUUUGCCAAAAUCGCAGGACAGUAGAAGUAAUCCUUCAGAAACAGGAGCGUCUUUACUGCUUGGCCCAAUGGAACCCUCUUCAUCAAAUCAAGAUAGAAGAUAUUCUUCAGGCUUACUUAGGGACAUACAAACCCCUUCUGCUAAUCUGAAAUUGGACAAAAUUAAUCUCCCAAGGCAGGAGCUUCUAGUAGAAUCUUUAGAUGUGCCUAUUGAUUAUUAUAGUUCUCCCACGAAUCUCAACAAUACAGUAGGAGCAUCAUUGCCAAGCAAUGAGAGAGACCCCAAGGCCAGGGAUCACCUGUCAGAGGUUGUCAGUGACGUAAGAAACUCUAAGACUCAGGAAGAGAACAGAGAGUCACUCAUUUUAGGCCCAAGAGUUGGCCCGUUAGGUAAAAUCCGAGUCGAGGAGAGUGAGGAGGUUGUGUAUGGCGUGAGGGCAAACGGACAUCACCUCGGAACAGAGGCACAUGGGAGCAGAGGCAACGCGGAGAAACGCCUGUCUGUGAGAGAGACGCACGACUGGCCCCCCAGGAGCCACGCCUCUCAGAAGAAUUCUGGUAGUGCUAAUUUACUCACGGAGAAGAAAUCUCAGGAUAACGGUCCAAGUUUAAAUCUGCCCACUCCAAGGGGGACAACUCGUAAUGAGCUCCUUUCCGUAUCGCAGUCAGGUAACCAGAGUCUUACCUCUCUGGCUAUAAAAUUUCUUCCAGAAGAGAAAGCCAAAGCCUGCAGUCAUAACCACUUCGCUGGUGUACAGACAUUAAUGGAGGGUAAGGAACAAGCACCUCUGGAGCCUAGAUCUGCCCGUCAGUGCCAAGCAUUACACCCUGGACACCAGUGGCCUUUAAAUCCAACCUGGCAUCACACUUGUAAAACUCCCUUCACCAAUCGUGUUGAUGCUGUGGACAGAAAAGCCUUUCCCAGCUCCAUGGGGCUGGAGUGGUUUCCAGAGCUCUACCCUGGUUAUCUUGGACUUGGAAUGUUGCCAGGGAAACCUCAAUAUUGGAAUGCAGUGGCCCAGAAGCCUCAGCUCGUCAGUCCCAAGGGGGAAAGUCUCUCACAAGUUCCUUUGUUGGAAAGACGUUCGACUGAUAGAAGGAUCUUGGAACCCCUGACCAGGCUUACAACCGCCAGCUUCUCUCUAAUGAGGCUCUUGGGAGCUCUACAGAAAGGGUGGACCAGGUACAGCAGCACCUUCAAGGGGAGCGCCGUCGGUGGCAUCACGGUGCUCUUUACAGGAUACCUCGUCCUCUGUUGUAGCUGGAGCUUCAGGCAUCUGAAUUCAGAUCCAGACAAACUCAGCAUGAUCAAGGAAUAAACCUCACAGCUCCAGUUUGCUCUAUUGAUGCAAACUUGCCUUAUGAGGAUACUUUCAUUAUUCAUACAUGCAAAUACACCCAAUCACGUGCAUGACCUGGCUGAUUAAAGGCUUUCUGUAGAACGACUAGAGGCUCUUUCCAAACUGGGUGUAGACGAGUGGGAAUUUUGCUGCCUGCAGAAGCCAGUGGGCUUCAAGAAUAAGGCUGGAGUCACCCCGCGUCCCUUCACAAAGCCAAGGGGAAAAGACGGUGUUUUAGUCAUCUAGUGCCAUUAGAAAGAAAUACCACAGGUGGAUGGCUUCAACAAAGAGAAGUUUAUUUUCUCACAGUCUAGUAGACUAGAAGUCUAAAUUUAGGGUCUCAGCUCCAGGGGAAGGCUUUCUCUAUGGGCUCUGGAGGAAGGUCCUUCUUGUCAAUCUUCUCCUGGACUAGGAGCUUCUCUGGCAGGAACCCCGGAUCCAAAGGACGUGGUCUGCUCCUGGUGCUUCCUUCUUGGUGGUAUGAGGUCCCUCUCUCUGCUGGCUUCCCCUUUUAUCUUUUGAGCGAUAAAAGGUGGUGCAGGCCACACCCCAGGGAAACUCCCUUUCCUUGGAUCAGGGAUGUGACCUGGUAAGGGCCUUACAAUCCCACCCUAAUCCUCUUUCACGUAAAAGUACAAUCACAAAAUGGAGGACAGUCACACAGUACUGGGAAUCAUGGCCUAACGAAGUUGAUACACAUUUUGGGGGGAUACAUAAUUCAGUCCAUGACAGAGGGCAAGAAAGCCUUUAGCCUGACUUACCAUUGGAAACAGUCUCCUCUAGUCUCUGUCUUAAAAUCCUGCUGCACCUCCUCUGUGGGGCCGGCAGGAGCUUCCCCAGGUAAGCCACAAGUCUCCCAGCCGCGUGCACAGACAUUCCUUGUACCUGUCCACACAAGCGCUCCACAGCACCUUCCUGUCCGUCCUUGGGAAGAGACGUGGUGACACCCGGGCUGCUGGCGUCCCUGAGAAGGCUUAGGGCGGAGGUCCCGUUGGGGGUGCAUGCAGUGUUUUCGGUGGAGCACCUGCUGCUACCUGCCUUACUCUCAACCUGAGUAUGCACAGCCGAGAUACCAAGUCUACUGGGAAAAGUACAUUUUUUAAUAACGCUUUAAAAUAUUUCACUAUUAAAAAUAAAAACAUUUGCCAGGGUAGAGAAGGGGAGAGGGUUGACACAUCACAGGGUUGGCAAUCAGUGUCACAAAACAAUAUGUAUUAAUUGUUUAAUGAGAAACUAAUUUGCUCUGUAAACUUUAACCUAAAGCACAAUAAAGAUAAAUAAAAUCCUUCUGUUGUAUUAUCAGUGAGAUGUGUUUUACUUUCUGGGAAAGCCUGCCCGCUGCACUGUUCUUAUCAGUCCUGUUUUUCUCCUGGUUUAGAGAUUGCUCUAUCAGCUCGCCACCCUCAGGGCCUCCCCUCCCACCUCAUUACCACUGUUCCCCCCAAACAAUACUACUCUGGUCUGAUCAUUUGUCUCCCUGACGCUCACCUCUUAAAUAGGGGUGUGUCCUGGAACAAGCUAAUUUAUUGGUGCCUCAUUUGUCCAGACUGUAAAGUGAGGAUAAUUAUAGCUCCCUUGCAGUGAUUUGGUGAGAGUAGAAGUCUUGUAGCUGCCAUUUCUGGCACGGUCUGACAAAUAGUAGGAACUCAAUAGCAGUAAAUAAAUGUUCUAAAUCCGUUUAUGGUGCCGUACACUACAUACAAAUUCUGAACUUGAACCAAGUAAGAGAGGCCCCACCACAGCCCACGCCACCCUUGAGCCCAGCUAACACUUGGGUGCCUGU